AUGGAAGAGGAGAACUUGAGAGGGGCACUUCCAACCAGAGUGCUGCUACUGCUGCUGGUGGUGCUCCUUCCACAGGCAGCCAUCCAGGAAAAUACAUCCAAAUGUUCUGGAAACGAUCCUGUUCACAUACCACAUGAGUGGCACCAGGCGGGUGAGCUCCUCAUCGGUGGGAUGGCAUCUCACAUUCAUUACAUGUUUCCUGUUCUUUUGUUUGAGAAGCACCCUGCUCAGGAAACACUCACGUUCCCAUUUGUGUUGACAAAAUUCUACCAGCACAUCCUGGCAUUGGUGUUUGCCAUUCAUGAGAUCAAUAAGAAUCCUGACAUCCUGCCCAACAUCACCCUCGGCUUCCAGAUCUAUGACAGCUACUCUGAUCCAAAGAUGACCUACCAGACCAGCCUGGAUAUGCUCUUCAAGUCACAUCAGAUGGUCCCUAACUAUCAAUGUGGCACACAGCAAAAGCUCAUUGGAGUCAUAGGUGGACUGAGUGCUGAAGUCUCUGCAUGCAUUGCAGAUAUCCUCGGGCCUUACAAGAUCCCCCAGUUUUCAUAUGGCUCAUUUCAUAUAGCAGUGAGUGAGGAAUCCCAUAUGCCUUCCUUCUACCGGAUGAUCCCCAAUGAAGAUCUUCAGUACCAGGGAAUCAUCCAUCUUCUUCGCCAUUUCCAGUGGGAGUGGGUUGGGCUCAUCACAACAAAUGAUGAACGUGGAGAACUUUUCUUGAGGACCAUGGAGCCAAUGCUUUCCCGAAAUGGAAUCUGUUCAGAAUUCACAGAGAAACUCAAAGCCAACUGGCAGUUCUUUGACCUGUUUCACAUUCUCAAUGAAACACUGAGUCAUGUUCCUAUCUUCACUGAGAAAAUAGCCAGUGUGGUUGUUAUACAUGGAGAAAACCUCUUUGAGGUCUCCAUCCAGCCAUACAGCAAUGCAGAGAAUGAGAGGCUUGUCACCUCAAAAGGUGGAAUCCUGGCAGGUGCCACACUUUCUCUGUGUAAUUAUAUGUGUGCUCCUGGGUACAGAAAGAAGAAGAUAGAAGGGGAGAAAUUUUGUUGCUAUGACUGUGCCCGAUGUCCUGAUGGGAUGUUCUCAGAGAAGGAGGAUACAGAAACCUGCAUGAAUUGUCCAGAGGGACAACACACCAACAAAGGACAGAAUAAAUGCAUUCCUAAGAUCCCAAACUUCCUAGCUAUGAAUGAAACUCUGGCCAUCAUCUCCAUCUCUUCAGGAAUUCUGUUCUCUUUAACCACAGUUCUGGUGCUUGGCAUCUUCAUUAAGCAUCGAGACACUGCCAUCGUCAAAGCAAACAACCGGAGCCUCACCUACAUACUCUUCAUUUCCCUCCUCCUCUGCUUCCUCUGCUCCUUGCUUUUCAUCGGAAAGCCUAACACUGUGUCCUGCCUUCUUCGACAAGCUGCAUUUGGCAUGGUCUUCUCUGUUUGCCUCUCCACCAUCCUGGCAAAAACAGUGUCUGUGGUGCUGGCCUUCAUGGCUACCAAACCAGGUUCCCAAAUGAGGAACUGGUUGGGGAAAAGACUGGCCUAUGCCAUUGUCUUCUCCUGCUCCAGCAUUCAAGCAGGCAAUUGUGCUCUCUGGCUCAUGACUUCUCCCCCAUUCCCAGAUUCAGACAUGCACUCCAUGUCUACUGAAAUUAUCCUGCUCUGCAAUGAGGGCUCAGUCCUCAUGUUCUAUUGUGUCUUGGGCUACAUGGGGCUGCUGGCUGCAGUCAGCUUUGCAGUGGCCUUCCUGGCCAGAAAGUUGCCUGACAGCUUCAAUGAGGCCAAGUUCAUCACCUUCAGCAUGUUGGUCUUCUGCAGUGUGUGGGUCUCCUUUGUCCCAACCUACCUCAGCACAAGUGGAAAGUCCAUGGUGGCCGUGGAGAUCUUCUCCAUCUUGGCCUCCAGUGCAGGCUUAUUGGCCUGCAUAUUCUUCCCCAAAUGCUACAUUAUUGUGCUGAGACCUGAGCUCAACAGGAAGGAGAGGCUCAUGCAGAGAAAGAUGUAA